UGUCUGUAGAUGGAUUUCAGCGCAAGGAAAAGAACGUGAUUUGUUCUGCAGGGAUAGGCGAGCAAAUGCAUUUAGCCAGGGAGGAGCGGAGCACUGCUGUUUGUUCCGCAGACGGGUAUUAGAUAUCUCUGCUGUCCAGGGUUCAGUGGGCUGCUGAGACACGAUCCUGUAACCAGAAAUCACAGAUGCAAACUAGCUCUGUUUACAGGUCACAUAGCAUGGGCUUUGGAAUCGAAACAGUUGGACUCUAAUGCUAGAUCCAUCAAUCACUAGCUGUGUGAUGUUGGGGCAUAACCUUCGGUAACAGAACAAGUCGGGCCAGCCAGCAAGCUGUCGCGUCCUGCCGGCGCCUUGUCAAGGAACCCAGCUGGACCCGUUUCUCAUCAACAUCUCCCAACAUAAGAUCUCUGGGUCACUGAAGGAGACUAGAGCAGAAUUCUAAAUUUUCCAAAGAUUCCCAAUACACACGGACAGCAAAAGGAUUCUUCAGUUGCCUUCACACAACUCUGCUCUGUUUGAGAGACACUGGGAGAAAACACAGGUGUCAGUCACUUCUAUCCAAGAAGUCACACAAACAAGUUCCACAUUUAAACAUCUGCACAGAAAAUGGAUGAUGGUUAUUGAAACAGCCCGAACCGGUACCACAGUGUGCAAGAUAUAGCUCAAGAGGCAGCCAGGCAGUCCGGCACUAAGGAAUGGAUGACUACAAAUACCAGGACAACUACGAGGGCUAUGCCCACAACGACGGCUAUUAUCGUGGCAAUGAGUCCAACCCAGAAGAGGAUGCGCAGAGUGAUGUCACCGAAGGCCAUGAUGAGGAGGAUGAGAUCUACGAGGGCGAGUACCAGGGCAUCCCUCACCCAGAUGAUGUCAAGGUCAAGAAGACCAAGAUGGCACCCUCCAGGGCAGACGGCCUGCGGGGCCGGGCAGACCUGAUGGCCGAAAGGAUGGAAGACGAGGAGCAGCUGGCUCACCAGUACGAGACCAUCAUUGAUGAGUGUGGCCACGGGCGCUUCCAGUGGACCCUCUUUUUCAUCUUGGGUUUGGCCCUGAUGGCUGAUGGGGUGGAGGUGUUUGUGGUGAGCUUUGCCCUGCCGAGUGCAGAGAAGGACAUGUGUCUGUCCAGUUCCAAGAAAGGAAUGCUUGGGCUGAUAGUCUACCUGGGAAUGAUGGCGGGGGCCUUCAUCCUGGGGGGCCUGGCCGAUAAGCUGGGGAGGAAGCGAGUUCUCAGCAUGUCUCUGGCCCUCAACGCCUCCUUCGCCUCCCUCUCCUCCUUCGUGCAGGGUUAUGGAGCCUUCCUCUUCUGCCGGCUCAUCUCGGGCAUAGGUAUUGGCGGAGCUCUGCCCAUUGUUUUUGCCUAUUUCUCCGAAUUCUUGUCUCGGGAGAAGCGAGGGGAGCACCUCAGUUGGCUGGGCAUCUUCUGGAUGACAGGGGGCAUCUAUGCCUCUGCCAUGGCCUGGAGCAUCAUCCCACACUACGGCUGGGGCUUCAGCAUGGGCACCCACUACCACUACCACAGCUGGAGAGUGUUCGUCAUCGUCUGCGCUCUGCCCUGCACCGUGUCCAUGGUGGCCCUGAGGUUCAUGCCGGAGAGCCCACGGUUCCUGCUAGAGAUGGGCAAGCAUGACGAAGCUUGGAUGAUUCUCAAGCAAGUCCAUGACACCAACAUGAGAGCUAAGGGGACCCCGGAGAAGGUGUUCACGGUUUCCCACAUCAAAACUCCCAAGCAAAUGGAUGAAUUCAUUGAGAUCCAGAGUUCAACGGGAACUUGGUACCAGCGCUGGCUGGUCAGAUUCAAGACCACGUUCAAGCAGGUCUGGGAUAACGCUCUGUACUGUGUGCUGGGGCCCUACCGGAUGAACACGCUGAUUCUGGCCGUGGUCUGGUUCACCAUGGCUUUAAGCUACUAUGGACUGACAGUUUGGUUCCCUGACAUGAUCCGGUAUUUUCAAGAUGAAGAGUACAAGUCCAAAAUGAAGGUGUUCUUCGGUGAGCACGUGUACGGCGCCACGAUCAACUUCACGAUGGAAAAUCAGAUUCACCAGCAUGGGAAGCUGGUGAAUGAUAAGUUCACAAAGAUGUACUUUAAACAUGUUCUCUUUGAAGACACGUUCUUUGACGAGUGCUAUUUUGAAGACGUUACAUCCACUGAUACCUAUUUCAAAAACUGCACCAUUGAAUCUACCAUCUUUUAUAACACAGACCUCUACGAGCACAAGUUCAUCAACUGUCGCUUUAUCAACUCGACUUUUCUGGAGCAGAAGGAGGGCUGUCACAUGGACUUCGAGCAAGAUAACGACUUCCUGAUUUACCUCGUCAGCUUCCUGGGCAGCCUGUCCGUGCUGCCUGGGAACAUCAUCUCUGCUUUGCUCAUGGAUAGGAUGGGAAGGCUCAAGAUGAUCGGUGGCUCCAUGCUGAUCUCGGCAGUCUGCUGCUUCUUCCUGUUCUUUGGCAACAGCGAGUCCGCGAUGAUCGGCUGGCAGUGCCUCUUCUGCGGGACCAGCAUCGCUGCCUGGAAUGCUCUGGACGUGAUCACGGUGGAGCUGUAUCCCACCAACCAGAGGGCAACGGCCUUUGGCAUCCUCAAUGGAUUAUGCAAAUUUGGAGCCAUUCUGGGAAACACCAUCUUUGCUUCUUUUGUUGGGAUAACCAAAGUGGUCCCCAUCCUUCUGGCUGCCACCUCUCUCGUCGGGGGCGGCCUGAUUGCCCUUCGUCUUCCGGAGACUCGAGAGCAGGUCCUGAUGUGAGCCACCUGCGGGGACAGGCAAUCUUGGAAGAACCUUUUCCAGGAACCUUCAAUGCGUCCACACUUCUGUCGCCGUCCAGAGGACUUUGGAUAGCACCGGAGGAGAGACUGAUUUUGUGGCCCCCAGUUUUAGGACCCAUUUCAGCUUCAAGAUGUUUGUAACUCAGGUGACUGAUUUGGGGGGUCAUGAGCCACCCUGAUAAUCAGAGAGCUGUGUGCUUGGUUUCAGGUCUCCCCAGCCCAAGGCAGGGGAGGAGAACUAACCCCCUCCAGUGGUGCACAUGCCGAGAGCAAGGAGUGUGCAUUGCCACAGGUGAGGUGCAAGGACUUACCUGCAAUGCAAAAUGAAUUCGAGCUUGAGAACACUCAAGCUCUUUCAAAAAGGUCCUUGGAGCCCAGUGGCCUACCAAAUUGACUUGACGAGAAGUUAGAGCCAUCCUAUGAAUGUUGGGCUUGAAGUAUAAAACACAUAUAUUUUUGCAUUUAAAAAAAAUCACCCAUCACAUUUUCCAUUUGAAAAUUGGCCCAAUAGCGGCAAAGAUACUCUGACAUAGAAAACCAAAUAUCUGUGCAUUAUCUAUAGCAACCUCCUACCCUCCCACCAAGUGUCCUGAGCUUUUCAGGAUGAUUAGAUGAUAAAAUUUACGAAUGAUAUUUAUUCCUAUUUUGAUCUAUUCAAUGAAACUUAAUGGGGUAGGUAUUCUGUAAACUAACUUUGUACAUAACUGUAUUUGGGUUCAAUUUGCAGAAAUAGGGUCUGCAAAUCUUUGCCAGCAUUAUAGCCAUAUUUCGGGAGGACUUGGUAUGUGAGGUCCCAGGAAACUGGGUCUGAUGGAAUGAAAUGCAAGCACAAUUUCCCAGAGCCAUUUAACUUGCUGUGGGGAGGAGGCACUCGGCAAGCUCCCAUUGUGCAGCUCACUUAAUCCAGGCACUUCUCUUCGUGUAGGUGGAGAGCUUUCCCCUCUUACACAGACCAUUUGAGAAACCCCCCCGCUCCACUGUCUGCAGUACUGGCAUUUGACUUUGCCGCUCACCCCGAAACACCCCGAGAAGUGUUCAGUAGCCUCUGGCACUGUCUUUGUAGGUGAGAAUCAAACAGGGUGGACAACGUGUGGGAUGGAGGGAAGGGCGGGCAAGUGUAGCCGCAGUUCUUCAAAGUGGAAAUUCUUCCUGUUCCUUUUGGCAGCAAAACGCAACCCAGAUUUGUUAUAAUGGUCAGGUCCCAUGGGAAAUCUAUGCUAUGGGUUUGGGUUCAGGAUUUGGGAGUCAGAUGUCAUUGACAAGGGAGCAGGGAGUCUUGUGGAUGCCAGAUAUGUUUUCCUUGAGUGCUCUAGGAAGACACUUUCCUGAGGUCCAGUUUGGAACAUGAGUUGGGGGCGGGUGGAGGAACCUAGGACAAACUACUUUGGCAAGGGUCAGCCACAGGCUGAAGUCUUCACCACGUAGACAAGGAUCAACAUUUUAUCCACCAGAACUGUUCUGCAUGGAAGGGACAGGGAGCUGGGAACGUGUGACCCCGGCAGUGAACUUACCUGGACCAGGCGAACGUCAGCCUGCGAGAACUCAGGCUUUGAGCUGAUGAGCGGCACUCUCAACGUGGAAAGGUGCCACAUGGCCCGUACCAGAAGUCUCCAAAAUCGAAAACAGAAUAAUGAUGGCUCUGCUGAGUGUCUUCUCAGUUUUGGAGAAAUGCUUGGGUCCCGACACAGCUUCAGGCCAUCUUUCUGUUGUUCCCUGGAGUAACAGGCAGCCGGGGGAGAGAGUAAAUUCUGCUGCAACUUUCUACCCUCAAGUUGAGAUCAAUUUUAAUGGUUGAAAUGUUUACUCUGCUACCUUGUCUCUCACCUCUUUAUUCACCCCCUUUUCCCCAUGUACAUUGAAGACACAUCUACUCAGAUUUGACAUCCUGAUAACCCCCAAUAUAUAAAUAGGCCACCGUGUAUUAAUGUUUCUCUCAGUGUUUUAUAGAAGCAACCUAACAGAAACACUAUGUCAAUGAUGAGAGACCCAAUGUAAUAUAGCUGUAAUAUACCUGCCACAGUCUUAAGAUGUGAAAUAUAGUGGCUAGUUCACACAAGAGAGCUGUGUGAACCUGGGAUGACGACGUCCCUUACGUUGGUUCAAAGAGCAGCUAUCGCAUAAAGAAUUGACAAGGCAGUUAAGAGUCUACGUAUCUAGUGCAGGCGGAUCUUAUAAAUCUAAAACGUGAUGCAUUUUUUUUAGUGUUGGGGUGGCGACAAUAAUUUUGGGGGAGGGUAAGCUCCUUUUGAUUUCCAAGUGCUAACUUGCGUGUUACCUUCCUGGCUUGUCACACCACCCACCGACACAACCAAGGGCAAUUCUCAUCCCCCCCGCGGUCUGUGGGCUUUCCCCACGGAAGGCCGUCUGGCACGGGAACGUGCCCCCUUCUCAAAUGCCGUCACUCCUGCUGAGAUAAAUGCUCCUUGAAAUACAGCCUCAGUGGCAGGACAUUGAGGGGUGUAAUGUACAGCAUUCCUGGCCAUCCACUUCUUUUUCAUUUUGUGUUCUACCCAGAGAAACUCCCAACGGCAUCUGUGGAGAAGUAAAGGAAUGAGGUUCUCCCUCAUUGAGCGAAUCUGUUCACAGUUCACGAUGUAUUUUAUGAUGUCCAGUUUGGGAGUAGUUAUUUUCAACAGUCUUAACUGUAUUGUGCUCUUUUCUGAUGCUGAUUUUCGAUCUUUCGUUUUAUUGAAAAUAAUUGGUGGAAGGGGUGUGUCAGUUUGUGAAGUCUUUCGCACAUGAGCCCCGAGGUCAUGUUACAAGUCACCCCGUUCCUAGGGUCUCCUGGUACCUUGUGUUAGUUCAUUAAAAAAUAAUAAAAAGAAUUGUAAACACA